AUGCUUCAAAGACCCCGAGAUCUACUGACUUCUUACGACCAGUACUCAGCGAGUUCUGUCUCUUAUCGUCCUCGUUACCCAUACCAUUACAAACAAUACGACCCCUAUCACAAACCGGUUGAAAAAGUUCAGCCGGUCCGCAAUUGUCAUAUCAACGCUUUCAACUCCCUUGAGACCAAUUGGAACGCAACUAAAGCGAAACUCGUUUUUCAGUGGGGGAAGAUCCAAGCUCGUAAUCAGCGUCGCAUCAAGCGAAGCAUGGUCAAAAACUCGACCACAUUGAGAAAUUGCAUCAUCAAGACACAGGUACCAGGACCGACAAGCGCCGGUGACUCGCACAACAGUGAAGCUACGUCUGUAGCCUGUUCCGACCGAGCACAAGCUUCGGACUCACUGGUUGCGGAGACCGAUUCUGUGGACGGAGACUCCAAGCAAUGUCUAUUCGAUUUUAACGUAUGUACGGAAGAACUGAACAUACAGAACGACGGAUAUAAACCUGGGGACCUUUCACAUAAGAAGCGCAGAUCAGCCGAUCCUAUGGAGAGCGACAGGAAGGCAGGCGCUGCUCGAAGACCCAGCCAUUGCCAACGCGACUACGACGGUAAGAGGGCGCUAACACCAGACCAGUACGUAGCCAUCAAGAAGCAAGAGGCCAUUGCGCUUGUGAUGGCAAAGUUCAACCAGUGGUUCAAUAAGAGAUUGGAGAUCAUCUCUUGGUUAUAUGUCACAUCCUCCCAUAUUAUGCAUUUCUUUUCCAAAUAUGCGUAUGAAGCAUCCGAAGCUUCAGGGAAUCCUUCGGGCUGCUCCGGCGGCGCAAGUUCCGGAAACAUUAAUUCCGGGCAAGGCCAAUCAGGCCGUUCGACUCGGUCUAAACGCCGACUAGGCGGGGAUGACCAGGACGGUUCUUCAGCCGGUGGCGAUGAAGGUGACCCUAACAGGGGUGGUAGUAAACGAGCUAAGAAGGAGGAGGCAGAGGCCGAAAAGAAAUUUGCCUGUCCCUUUUACAAACACGACCCAAGAGCGCACAACAAGCACCGAAGCUGCGCCGGACCGGGAUGGCCAUCGCUUCAUCGCGUGAAGGAACAUUUGUAUCGCGCACACAGACUGCCGAAACAUACCUGUCCCAGAUGUAACGAGCCCUUUGAAGAUGCGAAGGAUCUAAGCGAACAUCUUCGAGCCGAGGAGCUUUGCGAGAAGCUAGACAUAGUCCCAGCACUACAGGGCAUCGACGAAGCCACUGAAGCAAAGCUGAAAGUGAGAAAGAAGAAUGGCCUUGGCAUGACUGAUGAACAGAGAUGGUGUGAAAUUUACAUGAUCCUCUUCCCGAAAGCUAACCCUAACGCCAUGCCAACUCCAUACUGCGAUAGCAAUGAUGCUCUUCGAUGCUCCAAAAGCAUCGAGGAAUGGAAGAAGACCAAGAAGCGGAUGCAAAAGGAUCUGCCGAAGAGCGUGCAGAAGAAGGUUGAGAAGUCGUUCGAAAAGGUAGAGGUCGACGUGCUCAAUCGUCUUCCUGACAUCGUCCGAGACUGCUUGUUUGAAUUCUUCAAAGACUCAUCACACGAUGAUCGAUCGUCAUCAACGACGACUCCUGCGGCAACACCAAGGGCCCAUACGCCCAGUAUCCCUGCCGCAAGAGAACAGCCUGCUUUGGCAACAGAGGAAAUCAAGGACACCUCGCUGGACAUUUCGUAUUUCCUAGAGCCUGCCAUGAUGGGCGGGCCGGAGGAUUUUGACUUCUUUGAUUUCGGGAGUACUGACUGCGGGUUUUUUGACAAGGAAUCAGACUCGGGCUAUGCUUCCACUAGUACCGGGAGAGGCGUCACUGCUGAGGCGGAAUAUUGA